UGGAAGUUUCAGCACAGCUUCCCCCUGAUCUCCGGGUAAGUCGAUCAUCGGCUCUCGGCGAAGUAGCGUGGGUCAGCCAGUUCCACGCCAUGCGCACAACCCCGAGCGCAUACUUCUCCAUCGUCAUCCUCGACGAGGCGAGCAACAAGAUCGUCGGAGUAGGCACUGUCAUCAUCGAGGGCAUGUUUCUCCGCGGUCUCAGCAGCGUUGGUCACAUUGAGGAUAUCGCCGUCGACAAGAGCCAGCAGGGAAACAAGCUUGGUCUCCGUAUCAUCCUGGCCCUCGCGGAUAUUAGUGAGAGCAGUGGCUGUUCUAAGACCAUUCCGAACUGUAAUGACGCCGACAUUCGUGAGUUCCAUCCCACCAUAGACUUUCGCUUAUAUCCCACAGCUUUCUAUCAAAAGCGUGGCUACGUAAGAAUGAGAAUGAGAUGCGUCAAGCACGGCUUUUUAUAACAUCAGCCCUUGAUAUCUGUCGAAUGUUGUUGCAUAAGCGGGCCCUUAUGCUUUGGAGUAUGCGCAAAACGGAUUGGUACGAAAUGUGCGAGUCCGCAUCACCGCUCUCCAUAGAUUUGUCGAGGUUCAAAUCCCUCAUACCGGAGCUUGCCUCGCAUCACCUUCCAUUUCAAUACAGCGUGU